GACGACAACGACCAUCCGCCUUACUACUUGCCACCUUCGGUAUACAUGUUUUUAUCACGACGCUCCCUUUGAUCCACCCACGAUGCAUCUCGCGGGCCUAAAACUACCUACAGUCUGACAUGUAUGUGGCAUGCGGGGCCGAUGACCAGUCUUCUAGGUCUAUCCUUUGCUGAGGCUGCUACCGAGCUGCAGCGCGCACGCGCGCACACGCACCACGCACACAUACGCACACGGGCAGCAGGGUAUAUUCAUCUCCGUGCUGUACGUCAAUCAGCAGGCACGGCGCAUGAGAAGGAUGGAACAGCAAUGGAACACUACUACAUUAUACUAUGGAUGCUACGGCUGUACCCUUACUCGUGGGAUUGAUUCCGGUGGACGCCUCCGAGGCUGUAUACGGCAGGACAGGACGGCCGUGGUGAGCAUGGAACCUGAAUUCCUGGCAGCGCACUCUGAUUAGCUUCUCACGCUAUGGAGGUAGAAGUCUACCUUAUA